AUGGGCUGCAGCGUGGUGGGCAGUGCCGGCACGGCUGCGGGGCUUGAGGCGGUGGUGAAAGCAGGGGCCCAGGCGGUGAACCAUCGCCGCUGGGACCGUGAGAAGGGCUACCUAGAGGCCUGCAAAGCAGCUGCACCAGAAGGGUUUGAUGUCAUCCUCGAGAUGGCGGCGCACGCCAACCUAGCAGUGGACCUGCAGUUGGUGGGGCAGAACGGCCGGAUCUGCAUUGUCGGAUCAAAGUCGCAGGACAUCAACAUCAACCCGCGCACCUUGAUGCCAAAGCAGGUCGACGUGCGUGGGGUCUUUUUGGGUUCAGCUACUCCUGAAGAGUUACAGGACAUUCAUGCCUCAUUGUUCGACGCCAUGCAACGCAAAGCCCUGGUGCCAGUGGUGGGAUUAGAGCUGCCUCUCCAGGAGGCGGCAAAAGCCCAUGUGGAGGUGAUGGCGCCCAGCUCGGGUGGUGCCGCUGGCAACGUGGUGUUGCUGCCACCGGCGGAGUGCAACCUGUGA